AGUGGGCUCGGCUCAAAUGUCAAACGCGAUUAUUUCGUCAACAGAGUCGCCGUGCGAUAGUUGGAUUUAAUAAAAUAAUAACAAAUAGUGUGUACGCAGUGUUUUUUUAAAUGUGGACAAUGUUUAACACAUGCUAGUUAACUAUGUUACGACGUUUAUAAAUUUAAAAGUAUAGUUAGUGUUACGCGGGCGCCUGGUUGUGAAGUUAUCGCGUUUGAUAUUGAUUUUUUUUUGUUAUUCGCCGGUUUUCACAACAUUGUUAUCAAGUUGUGGUUGCUUGUAAGGACGGACGAUAAUAUAGCUCUUGCUAAUGUAAUUCAAGUAAAUAAGUGUUGGACUGCUUCGCAAUAUUUUGAUUUUUCAAAUUAAGAUUGUCAAUUGUUUACGUGCAAGUUUAGUGUGAAUUUUUGGUAAAGAUGGAGAAGGUGGAAUCGGCGUUGGACGUGCUGUCUCGAGCGGCCACGAUGGUGCAGCCCUGCCCCGCAUACCCCAACAGUGAUUCAGAGGGAUUCGAGACCCCGAGCACGGCGUCCAGCGGCGAGUCGGAGGGAGACCGCACGCUGUCCCCGGAGGCGCCCCGGGCCAAGGAGCUGACGGGCAAGUGGAGGCGGGAGCGACGCGCGGCUCGGCUACCGGACUACCGGCCCAAGGAAAGCAAGAUGGCGCUGCGGUCACAAUCGUUCAACGAGCGUCGGACCGCGCCCGUGAUGAGGGUGCAGCCCCACAGCGACGGAGAGGACCUGUCCGAUGGCGUGGACGACGCGCCCGCCAACCUUUCUGUUAAUGGAAAAGCUCCGCCAGAGUACCCGGGGGUGCGACACGAGACUCCCAUCGACAUGCGUCUCCGGGCCCGCGCGCCGCCGCCGCGCCCGCCGCCGCCCUACUCGCGGCCCUCUGUCAUCACGCGACAGGCUGAUACUCCACCAGGAUCCAUGUCGAUGUGUGACCCGGUGAUCGACGAGCACUUCCGCCGCUCGCUCGGAGACGACUACAUGACUCUAUUCAACAAGAAGACCCUCCCCGAACCCGCCCCCGCCAGGCCCCCCACCGAGGACCGAGCCAGCAGCCCCAUCCAGUUCAACACCGUCGACCCCCCCAAACCAGUCAAAAUAGUCGCCAUGGAAGUCGACGACGCCAGCAUGUCAGUCGACGACCACUUCGCGAAAGCGCUCGGCGAUACGUGGAAACAAAUACAGACGUCAAGACUAAAAAACGAAGACAAGAAGCCGACGCAAGCCACCAAAACCGUCGUCGACGACCAUUUCAGCAAGGCGUUGGGGGAUACUUGGAAGAAAAUACAAGCGUCGUCGCUCGACGCUAAAACCGAAGAGAAGGUAAAGGAGCCCACGAAAAUUAUCUCGAGGAGUGGAGUCGUUAUAUAAUGAGGCACGAUGGCUUUUACUGGUGAAGUUUUUAUGGCCAUGUAAAUUUUACGGCCCGUCCUGGGACGCCGCUCCGAGUAUCAAUAAAAUCCCACUUAAUUUAGCAUCAUUUUCAUUUGGAGUUGUGGCGUUUUGCAAUGUUGAGACCAAGCUCUGGAUCCAUGACAGUUAGUUCUUUCUGGUUGCGUUGGAUUCUCUUGUAUGUUUAAUGAAUGUAGUCAAUUAGUAGUCACCAAUACACGUUGUAAGUUAUUACCUCAGAAUAAGCGCUUUUGCACAAUACACUACAUAGGUUAGUUAGAAUUACUAGAUAUUUUAUUGUUUAAACGAUUGUUACUAACUAAAUUCCUUGACUUGUUAAGCAGAUCUUGUAUACUAUACUAUUUAAAAUGAAUGUCGAAUUAUCUUUGUAAUGAAAUGGCGGUAAUAAUAAAAGAUAAUUCCUGGAAAUAUUAAACAAUCUUUAACAAAAUACAUAAUAGGUAGAUAUUUUAUGUUCCUUAUAUAGUUGGUACUUAUAAUGCUUAAACGUAUUUUAUACUGAAUUCCUUAAGAAGCCGAAAAUGUAAAUAUUAAUUUAAACCCUUACCUUAAUUCAUGAAUGAGUUUUGACUAUCGUGUUUCAUCGAAAUCGACAGCUGGCUGUCGUUAUAAAAGCUAAUAAUUUUGGUACUUAUGUGUAUAUGUUUGUAAAUCAUGAACGUAUGUAGGUAUUAUAAUAUAAUCCUUUUCCUAUUUAUGCACUGUAAUUAAGAUUAAAUAUUUAAGAUUUACCUUAAGAAAAUUAAAUGAACACAGUCUUUGAAA